UCUCUCGAGACCGACUCGCUGUUCAGAGGAGGUGACCGGGCGGCGGGAGGCUUUCUGAGCGGAAAAUAAGGCGAGAAGAGGAAAACCGAGGCGCCACCGGCAUUCAGUGUGAAGAUGCAGCUUAAGUCUUCUCUACUGUGCCUUCUUUUGUUUCACUUUCCUUUCCUAUUGGCCAAAGGAGGUAGAAGCUCAGGGAAGGGCUUUGGUGGAAGAAAGUCGUCCACAUCCAGCCGAAGUGGCACUAACAGCAACACAUGGUACAAAAGCAAUCAGGGCUCCAAUCCUCAGGGUGGACAGCCAAAACAGCCAAAACAAAGCAACCAGGGAGGAUACCCAGGUGGUUACCCCAGGCAGCAGGGUGGAGGCUACUACAACCCUUAUGCGGGAAUGGGAUCACCAUAUAGCAACAGAGGGUACCCAGGUGGAUACAUCAAUGCCAACCCAAAAAAUAAAAUCUUAAGCCCUCGUUAUGGUGGCAGCUUUGGCUAUGGAGGGUAUGGCUCCAGGGGUGGCUCUCCAUUUUCCCAGUCAGUCCAGGGCAUGGGUUUCUUCCCUAACAGCAACUCCAGAGGGUUUGGGCGCUCAGCAAUGAUAGCAGCUGGUGGAGGAGCUGUGGCGGGGAUGGCCCUGGGUUACGGAUUGGGAAGGUUCCCCCGGCCCGAUUUUAAUUUUCACAACCCCCAACAAGAGCACUACUACAACUACUACAUGUACAGGAAAUAUGGUACCCGUUCAACUGACGCCAACGACUACAGCAGAGAUUAUCGCUUUAAUACUCCUACAAGAAGCUACGACAACUUCAUGGAUGACUGCAUGAAGACAAUUGACCUGUCUGCAGAGAGUGAAAAGCCACCAAGUAAACCAACCAGCAGGACCCCAAGUAGAGAGUCCAUCCCUUUAACAAACAACACGACAAACACCACCACACCUUCAAGUCCAUCGUCACAGGAACCCAGCAGUGCUGAAGAUGAUGAUACAGUCAGCAUAGUAGAGAUUGGCUAUCCGGCACUGAUGGAGCAGCUAAAGGUCAGGAAAUGCUUGGAGCGAUACGUGGAAAAUUCUGAUCAAUACUUAGAGAGACGGAACGGAGGAGCUCAGGCGCUGACGUUGGGCCUGCCCGGGGUUUUAUCUGCAGCCUUUGCUACGACACUGAUGAUAAUUAAUAGCAACAUAAUGAUGUUCCUGCACUGACACUGAUUGCAGGGUACAUCAGCUGAGAUUUUGCCAUCCUCCUCUCUACCUGGAAGAAUAUUAAAGCAUGGUGAAGAAAAAAGCUUUCUUUUUAUUGCAAAAACAAUCUUACCAAGUAUUUGUGUUUACUAUGGGAAGAAAUGUGUUAGUAAAAUAAUCUACCAGUUGAAAUAGUAAUUUUUUUAAAUCUGUAUUAAGGAACAUUGACUUAAAGCAAGCCCCUAUAUCUUGCUGAAGAGUUACCCACCCGCAAGUAAAUUUAGUCUUGUUUCAAAUUUUCUAUAUUUGCACUAGAAACCAUGCAAAAUUACUUGGUAAAAUGUUGUGCUUUUGCAGUAAUAUAGGCUUUCGUCACUUUUUAACCGACAAAGCAUGAAACACCAUGAGACUCUCAUGGUAUGAUAAUGUUACCAAUGCAUAGAUAUUUAUUUCAACUUCUUUUAUAUAGUAAUAUUCUUUCUGCUGUGUCUUUAUGGAGUAACAAGCCUAUGUAGACGCUCUACAGAAUGCCACUCAGAGCUUGAUGACUGGUGAUCCCUUUGUUUCUUUGACUGCCCAGAGUUUCCUGACCAAACUGCCAAAUCUGUCUUUCUUGUGAAUAAGAGUGUUUUCACACCUUAUGGUCCAAGAGACUCGAUUUGAUUGGUGACCAAAAUUGCAACAUUUGUUACACUUUCAUCUGCUCUGUGUCUAAGUAAGUAAACCGUUUGACAAACCUGUUUGCCGCCUCGCCUGAGGUGGCGCUGCACCAAGAACUACUGAAGGGGACAACAUGAAAAACCUCUGAAGAAGACAUGAGUGCAACUUCCUUCUUUACAAAACAGAAACAAAAAUGAAGUUGUUGUUGGGUUUUUCUUUUGUCUUUGGUAAAAGCCCACAAGCUAUUUUUCCCACUAUCACUAGAGUUGUGUAUUUAUUUAGGUUUUAUUUUCCCAGAAUGCACUGUGCUGUAGUUUGUUUCCUGCUUUUGGAACUGUCUCCAGUCUGCUUGGUGAACCGUGCUAGAGUUCACUUCUACUGAACCAAGGCCGAGGUUUGUAGGCAGACUAGAGUCUUCCCCGUCAGAGUUUGAUUGUGCGUUCACACCAACUCACACCAACCGGACUUAGUAGUCAAACUACCUAGACUUUGAUUAGAGUGUCCCUCUAUGAAAAAGCUUGCUAUAUUUAACCAGUGGUCAAAUUUGUGUCAUUCUUCACUUGAAUUUAUGAGCCACACACAAUCAGUCCAGGACCACAAUUGACCCUGAGCCACAAUUUGGACACCUCUGGGUUAGAGCUUCCUGAAUCUUCCCAAUUUGGGAACCUACUGCUUGCUAUAGAUGAAUCUGAUUAUGAAGUAAAUGUGCAAAGUUUUAGCUUUAAGAGAAAAAUCCAUAGUGAAUUAUGGCUCACAAAGAAGAUUCAAAUACACCAUAGCUGUUAUAUUCUGUUAAAUAAUAAAUUAUAGAAUAGAAUAUAUUACAAAAACAAUAUAUUCUUUCACAGCUUUUUAAUUUGGUUUUAACAAUUGACUGUAAAGUUUUAUUUAAAAGUUGCUUCAUUUUGGGACCAAGGCUGAAAUAGUUAUAAAUGUCUUGCACCAUUAAAAUACCCAUGUUGUCUUUCUCUUUGGAUAAUGAAAACAAUUUGUACUUUGUUUUUUAUUUUUGUAAACCUAAAUUGAUUCAGGGCAAAAUUCACCAUAUCAGUUUAGUAUUUUGAGAGUUUUUAAAUGUAGCUGCCUAUGACUUUCAGGGUUUUAUAUAUCAGGAUUUGCUUCAGAUCAUUACAAAAAUGUCUUUAUCAAGGAGAAUUAGUUUUAAUACGUUUCUGAUUAUCACCUGUUUACAUCUUGUAGUGUCCAACAUGGCAACAAUAACCUGUGAUUGGUGGUUUAUUGGGCUUUUUUUAAAAAAUUUAAGUCUGAAUGUUUUUUAUCAUUAUUGAAACUGAUCAUCUCAAUUUAUUCAGUAACAGGAAAUAAGCCUUAAUAUCAGCUUGUUUUCUGUUUUUUACAUAACUUGUUGGAAAAAACAAAAUCCAAUGAAACUAAUAAUAAGAAUGUACCUUUUGCUCAUUGUUUUGAAUGUGAAUGCAUCUUCAUUCAUGACCAAAUGUUUGUUUUGUGCGAAGUGUCAGAAAUGUAAACAUUUUAUGUCUGUGCUGAUUUUAAAUGGUUUGGUAAAUGUAUUUGUUGUCAAUGCUAUGAUAAAAACAAUGCAGCGAAAGCCAUAAUUUCAGUUUCAAAGGAGUAAAUUCAGACUCUCUUUAACACAUCAGGCCAUAUCCUGUGGCCACUGGAGGGCGCUGCCACACAGAAACAUUUAAUGUAAACAUUUUCUUACUCCGCUGAUAAAAUGUCCUGCUGUCAGUGUUUGUCUUCUCUAAUAAACUCAACUUUUAGUGAUUCCCCGA